AUGGCACUUCUGGAGAAACAUACAAUCGCAGUUCAUGGGAAAAAAUGGCUAAUGGUUGGAGUACCAGAGAAUGAAAGAGUGAUAGUCGGAGGGGAUCUAAAUAGUCAUGUUGGUAGAAGGAGAGGUGGGGAAGAGAGGUGGCAUGGAGGAUGGGGGUAUGGCGAGAGAAAUGAGGAAGGAAAAAAUAUAGUCAAGUUUGCUGUGGCUUUCAAUCUAGUGAUUAUGAGUACCUACUUCCAAAGAAAAAGAGAAAAAGUCAUAUAUGGUGAAGGAAUAACAAAACAACAUAAGUUGAUUGUAGCAGACUGUGAGAUGAAAGUAUGUAAAAGACAGAGGCACAUAAAUCAAUGUGAAAGGAAAAUUAAGUGGUGGAGAUUAAAGGAUAAAAAUUUGAGAGAGGAGUUUAGGGAAAAAGUAAUGGGAAAGGUAAAAUCGGCAGAGAGUGUGCAGGAGUGGUGGAAAAUAAAUAGUGAUGUUAUAAGGAAGACUGGGGAGGAAGUGUUAGGGUUAACAUCUGGGAGAGGGGUGCCAAAAGAUAAGGAAGCAUGGUGGUGGAACGAAGAAGUGCAGAGGGUUGUGAAGGAAAAGAAAGAUGCUAAGAGGAAGUGGGAUAUGUCUGGAAGUGCUGAGGAUGGGCAAGCAUACAAAAGUGCAUAG